ACGUAACUCCUCUUAAGUCUCGACCGUAACACUGCUCGUUGUUGUUCAACAGGUGAUGGGGUUGAGGGAGCUCGAGAUGGAAGGCACUCAAGGGAAGAUUGGGGUCGAGGAGCUCGCCUCUCUGCUGGGUCUGCGAGAUUGGGAGCGAGACAACUUACCCAAGGUUGAAAUCGACUUCUUCAAGAGCUAUCGCGUUUCUGACUUCCUUGAUAAGUUUGAACAGAUAGCAUCUCACUGCAAGUGGAAUGAGGAGCAGAUGCUGAAAGAGGUGAUUAAGUACAUCCAUAUAGGCUUGAAGGAUGAAGUCAGUGGGUUGAUUAGAAGAGCGGGGUCGUCAUGGAGGAGGUUUGAUGAUGACAUGUGGAAUAAAUACCGGCUAGAUGAGGAACAACUGACCAAAGACGAUCUAGAGAAGAUAGAUCGAUAUAGUUAUGUGUCAGUGGGGCUCUUCUUGGCGGAGUAUGAGCGCGCAUCGCGCAAGGUCUGGGCGUUGUCUGAACAUGACAAGUGCUUUGUCUUCCUCAUGAACUUCACAGACGCCGAGCAGCGAGACUUGAUUCGUGGGACAGGGGGGAGACUAAUAUGGGAUAAGAUCCGAGAGAACUUUGCGUAGGGGGAUUUCGACCAGUACCUCUGCCAUACUCUACAGGAAGCGAGGAAAAGGAAGGAGUUGCAAAGUUGUGGUUAGAACAAGCUGGAUGAAGGCGCAAAGGAAGUUGUGGCAGGUGCUAGAGGGAAUAUGGAAGGCGAACCUCAGAAGGAGAUUAAGAAAUUUAAGCGAAAUGACAAGUGGGAUGAAGAGAACAAGGCGAGGGCCUGCGUUGAUAAAGCAGGGGAGGCUGAAGUCAGAGACGUCGUGCCUCAUACCUGUGAGAGGACAAUUGACAUCCCGAGUAAGGAGAAGAAAGGGAGACAAAGGGAACAAAAGCAAGUAGAUAUG